GGAGUCCAAGUCACCACAGCUCAAUCGCAGCAGCGCGCAAAACGCAGACUCACUCACCGGCUCUCGUUUUACGCUUUCAAACAAGCAACACAUGUGUUUCUGCUGGACGCGAAGUGGACAAGCCCAAGUGAGGAAACGCAGGUAAACGGAAUCUAAGCUCCGCAUUUUUUUUCUCUCUCUCCUUUUUUUUAACAGAGAGGAGGAAAGGACCCCUCUCCUCCCCUCCUUUACAGCUACCACCUUUUUCCUCCUCCUCGGACCUCUGUUCUCUUCUGGAGACACAAGUUUCUGACACACAGAGAGAGGGAUGCUGCAUGUUGCCCAGCCGCACUUGCACUCAGAGGUGGGAACCUGAAAGUGGACCGGAGCGGAAUUGCACCUAAUCCUAUCAAAGCGCACGGACACUUUUACUGAGUGAGGAUCAGCGCGCUCCAUAAAAUGAUCCCAGUCGGCGACUUGAUACAAUGUCGCAUCUCGUCUGAUGUGUGACACAUUUGAUGACCAACUAAAGAAACUGGAGGAGGACAUUAUAAAGAAUUUGAAUUUUUAACUGGAGUCCGAGCUACACACCGCCGUCCAGAUGCAGUUUCGACUCUUCUCAUUUGCCCUGAUCAUAUUGAACUGUAUGGAGUACAGCAACUGUCAGGCGCCGUCGCACCGCUGGAGGAGAAACAAAAGAGCUAGCUAUGGUGCGUACCCCAUCUGUAAAGGCUGCUCAGUGUGCUCCAGGGAUAACGGCUGUGUGAACUGCCAGCCCAAACUGUUCCUGUUUCUGCGGAGGGAGAGGAUGAGGCAGUACGGGGAGUGUCUUCACGACUGUCCAGCCGGAUACUACGGCAUGCGCAGCCCCGAACUCAACAUGUGUUCCAGGUGCAGGAUAGAGAACUGCGAGUCCUGCUUCAGUAAAGACUUCUGCACCAAGUGCAAGUCGGGUUUUUACCUACACAAAGGGCGCUGCUUUGAUAAGUGCCCCGAGGGCUUUGCCCCGCUGGAAGAUACCAUGGAGUGUGGAGAAGGGUGUGAGGUGGGUCAGUGGAGCGAAUGGGGAGCCUGCACCAGGAGAAACAAAACCUGUGGCUUUAAGUGGGGUCUGGAGACCCGAACGCGGCACAUUGUAAAGAAACCACCCAAGGACACAAUACCCUGUCCCACCAUCGCUGAGUCCAGGAUGUGCAAAAUGGCCAAGCGGCACUGCAGGAAUGCAGCUUUGUUGGCAUGGUGGUGUGCAGCGGGCAUCCGUCUGGACGUGAGGCAGGCCUGGUAUGCCGCACAGCCCCCUGCAAGGCUGCAUGAGGGUGGGAUCAGAGUGGGAGUCUACCAGGCUCCAGACUGGUAG